AGGGAAGGAGGCGGCAUGGCUUCGGUGUUCAUGUGUGGAGUGGAGGACCUGCUGUUCAGCGGCAGCCGCUUCGUGUGGAACUUGACCGUGUCCACGCUGCGGAGAUGGUACACGGAGAGACUGCGGGCUUGCCACCAGGUGCUGCGGACGUGGUGCGGGCUGCGGGACGUGUACCAGAUGACAGAAGGCAGGCACUGCCAGGUACACCUCCUGGAUGAUCGGAGACUGGAGCUGCUGGUUCAGCCCAAACUUUUAUCAAGAGAAUUGCUGGACCUCGUGGCUUCACAUUUCAACCUGAAAGAAAAGGAGUACUUUGGAAUAACAUUUACAGACGACAUAGGUCAGCAGAACUGGCUACAGUUAGAUCACCGAGUUCUUGACCAUGAUCUGCCGAAGAAACCAGGUGCCACCAUUUUGCACUUUGCUGUGAGGUUUUACAUUGAGAGCAUAUCAUUUUUAAAGGAUAAAACCACGGUGGAGCUGUUUUUCCUGAACGCAAAGUCCUGUGUGCACAAGGGGCAAAUCGAAGCGGACAGCGAAACCAUCUUCAAGUUAGCAGCGCUUGUGUUACAGGAGGCCAAAGGGGAUUAUACCAGUGAUGAAAAUGCCAGGAAAGAUUUAAAGACCCUACCAGCCUUUCCAACCAAAACUCUUCAGGAGCAUCCAUCCCUUGCUUACUGUGAGGACAGGGUAAUUGAGCAUUAUUUGAAAAUCAAAGGUCUGACUCGGGGUCAAGCGGUGGUUCAGUAUAUGAAAAUAGUAGAAGCUCUACCCACAUAUGGAGUCCAUUAUUAUGCAGUAAAGGAUAAACAAGGACUUCCUUGGUGGCUUGGAAUCAGCUAUAAAGGAAUCGGCCAGUAUGAUUUGCAAGAUAAAGUGAAACCUCGGAAAUUAUUCCAGUGGAAACAGCUGGAGAACUUAUAUUUCCGUGAGAAAAAAUUCGCCGUUGAAGUUCAUGAUCCACGGAGGAUUUCUGUGUCAAGAAGAACCUUUGGGCAAAGUGGGCUCUUCGUGCAAACGUGGUAUGCAAACCCUUCUCUCAUCAAGUCCAUCUGGGUAAUGGCAAUUAGUCAGCACCAGUUUUACUUGGACCGGAAGCAAAGCAAAGCAAAAAUUCCUUCAGCCAGGAGUUUAGACGAUAUCGCGAUGGAUUUGACUGAGACAGGAACACCGAGGGUCUCCAAAAUGGUGACACUGGAGGCCAAAAGUCAGUUCAUCAUGGCGAGCAAUGGCAGUUUAAUCUCUUCAGGUUCUCAAGACUCAGAAGUUAGCGAGGAGCAAAAGAGAGAGAAAAUCCUGGAGCUCAAGAAGAAGGAAAAGCUCUUGCAGGAAAAACUCCUGAAAAAAGUCGAGGAGCUUAAGAAGAUCUGUUUGCGGGAGGCUGAGCUCACCGGCAAAAUGCCAAAAGAAUAUCCGCUGAACGUAGGUGAGAAACCGCCUCAGGUCAGAAGGCGUGUAGGCACCGCGUUCAAAUUGGAUGACAACCUGCUGCCAAGUGAACAGGAUCCUGCUUUGCAAGAACUGGAGAGCAAUUUUCUAAUACAGCAAAAGCUGGUUGAAGCUGCAAAGAAACUUGCCAACGAGCCAGACCUUUAUAAAACCGUGAAGAAAAAACGAAAGCAAGAUUACACAGAUGCAGUGAAAAAGCUUCAGGAGAUUGAAAAUGCGAUAAAUGAAUACCGAAUCAGAUGUGGAAAGAAACCCAGCCAGAAAGCAACCGUUAUUUUACCAGAAGACAUAAUCCCAUCAGAGAGCAGCUCCUUGUCUGACACUACCACCUAUGAUGAUUCUAAUGACAACUUCACUCUUGCCGGGCAGCGACCAAGUUCAGUACCUCAUUCUCCAAGAAUUCUUCCCCCCAAGUCUCUCGGGAUUGAGCAAAUCCAUUUCAGAAAGUCGUCCGUCAAUGAACAGUUUGUGGAGACCAGGCAGUCCAGGGAAAUGCUGUCGACACACGGCAGCCCUUACAAAACCCUGGAGCAGCGGCCCCUGGGCGGACGGAGUAUGCCCACCACCCCAGUUCUGACCCGGAACGCCUAUAGCACCAGCCACUUGGAACCCGAAUCUUCAGCCCAGCACUGUCGCCAGCGCAGUGGAAGCCUUGAAUCUCAGUCCCACCUGCUGUCUGAGAUGGACAACGAUAAGCCAUUUUUCUCCCUCUCCAAAUCCCAAAGAAGCAGUAGUACAGAAAUCCUGGAUGACGGGUCUUCCUACACCAGCCAGUCAAGCACAGAGUAUUACUGCGUGACGCCCGUCGCCGGCCCAUAUUACACUACCCAGACUCUGGACACUCGUGCGAGGGGCCGGAGAAGGUCCAAGAAACAGAGUGUUUCGACUUCAAAUUCAGGAAGCAUGCCCAACCUAGCACAAAAGGAUAGUUUGAGGAAUGGUGUCUACACAAAGAGCCAGGAACAACCUUCUUCUAGUUACUAUAUUGCUGGGUACACACCCUAUCCCGAGUGCGAUCUUUAUUACAGUGGCGGCUACGUCUAUGAGAACGACACGGAGGGACAGUACAGUGUCAAUCCUUCCUACCGGGCCUCAGCCCACUACAGCUACGAGCGCCAAAGGGACUAUAGCAGGUCCUUUCAUGAAGAUGAGGUCGACCGGGUGCCCCACAACCCAUAUGCAACUCUCCGGCUGCCCAGGAAGGCUGCUGCCAAGUCAGAGCACAUCACCAAAAACAUCCACAAGGCCUUAGUUGCAGAGCACCUGCGUGGCUGGUACCAGCGGGCCUCUGGGCAGAAGGAUCAGGGGCACAGCCCACAGACUAGCUUUGACUCAGACAGGGGAUCGCAGAGGUGCCUGGGGUUUGCAGGGCUGCAAGUACCCUGCUCUCCCAGCAGCCGAACAUCCUCCUACUCUUCCGUAUCUUCUACAAACGCUUCUGGAAACUGGAGGACCCAGAUAGCUGUAGGGCUAUCUGACUACGAGACCCCGGCACGUUCUUCCUACACCAGCUGCUACGGCAACAUCUGUAAUCCUUUGCCCUCCCCAGGCAGACAGUACCCAGAGAUCAGUCAACUGGACAGCACAGAUGGAAGCCGGUUGGAAGACAGCCUGGAGAGCAGGGAGCAGAAGCUCUUUUGGCAUGAAGAUUCAAAGCCUGGAACAUUAGUCUGAACUGCAGUUGGACCUCUUGACCAAACACUGCAUCUCACACUAGUGUGCCUUGCAAAAUGUGUUCGUCUUCCCAGAAAGCUAUCCGGCGUUAGAAAGCUAAAGGCAUCCAAGUUUGGAGAGACCCUGAACGACUUGCCUUUCUGACUCCGGGCACUCACGUGACAGAGCAAGGUGGAGCCGUGGCCACGAAAGGCCUCAGCCUUUAUCAGUAGCAAGCACUUUUUAAGGGAAUAAAAGUUGUUGAAGGCAAACCGCAAAACUGUGAAAAGUGCGUUCAGGGUCCCCAACAGGAAAGAAGGACGGGAAAUUUCAGAGCACAAUCCAGAAUGAUGAGGAAAGGGAAAGCAGAAACUCCUUAGUCAUUAAUCACCUUCAGAAAGUUUGGGUUUGUGAGCCGGUGAAGAAUAACUUGCUAUCUCUACCCAGACAUGAACAAUUUAGACAGUAUUGGAAAAUUACUUGAAGAGAAGCUGGAUUUUCAUGAAGUUCUGAAUGAGUGUAAAUGUUUUUAGGAUAUCAUAAAGAGUGAUGGUUUUCAUAAGCACCGUAAAAUGGGUUCUGGAAAGACUUAGCAUCCUGUAAUAUAACUUUAUGGUAGCAGAUUGGGGAAAACAAAGCAGCCCACUGAAUAAUUGACAAACUCUGCUUGGAGAAUGUUCUAAGGUACAAUAUUAUUGGGCUCCUUUUUUUCUUUCUACACCAGUUGCCUGAUGGAUGAUUAUUCAGGCUGGUAACUCUCCAAUUUGCCUGCCAUUUCAAAUGGCAGACCUGAUAUGGAAAGUUUUUCUAACCAAGAGUUCAAAAAAGUAUUUUAAGAUCAUACAGAAAGAACCCAAAACAAAACAAAAUGGAAAAACAAAAGCCACAGCAUUUUCAAUGAAUUGCGUGCCUUAAAAUGGUGAACAUUAGAAAAGUAAGCAUAUUGUCCAGAUUCAAUGGGGGGUUCUAAGUCACCAAAUGACAAAAAACAAGAUUAAUCAUUAAAAAACAAAACAAAAAAAACAAAAACAAAAACAAAAAAAACUCCAAGCUGCAGUAGAUUUAAUUAUGAGGCUAAAACUACCUCAUACUUUACUCGGAAGAACUAAUUAGCUAUGGUUUACUGUAUUGUUUUUUAAAAAAAAAACAAAAACAAAUAUUUCCAUAUUCCAGAUUGCUCUUUUUUGUCAUCUUCACUCUGCUUCAAUAUUCCAUAAAAGGUGCUCCCUUCCCCCCUUUUAUACAGGUUUCAUGUUCAUAUUGUGAAUAGAGAAGUUUCUGAACAACUUUUUUGGAACAUUUUCUAUCUAUAUUCCAAAGCAUGUAAUAUAUACAUAAAAAUGCUUUGUUAAACUGGUCCUUAGUCAUUUGUAUCAUUAAAUAUGAAGUUUGGGAGAAAAAUUUGGAACAAAAAAGAAGACAUGCAAAAAAUAGUAAGUUAUUCCUUUUUGCAUACUUGUAUAGCCUUCUAGAAACAGAAAUACCCUUUUGCAUAUUCUUUUACUGUUCUGACUUUUUAAGACCUAUUAUUUUUUUACAUAGGUCAAUAAACUGAGGUGUGCUACUGAAAAUGUUUACGUAUUCUUCCAUUACAUUCAGGGUUCAGACAAAGCAGUUUAAAGUGCUCUACUUCAAGUAAUCAUGUUGGACAAGAUUGCGGAUUUUUAGUUAUAUAUUAGCAUAUUUUAUUGAUGCCAAGAUGCACAUUUUUUCAUAUUUACAUCUUUGAAAUCAGGAUGCAUCUUUUGAUGGAUGGCAUGCUCUCAAUGAACUGGCAGUGUUUUUUUCUUAGUGCUACAUAAAAUAAUGCUGUGUCUUACAAUAAAGUUGUCUUAGAAUUGA